UGGGCUCUUCUUCUUCUUCAUUGUCUCGUUGGAGAGCCUGCAGAUCCCGCCGCAUUGGUGAGGAGAUGAGCAGCCGCCCUAGGUCGUCGGCGGCGGCGCCGCUGGAGGACGAAGACCUCCUCUCCGAGAUCCUCCUCCGCCUCCCCCCGCUGCCGUCCUCCCUCCCCCGCGCGUCCCUCGCCUGUAAGGUCUGGCGGCGCAUCGUAUCCGACGUCCGAUUUCUCCGCCGCUUCCACGAGCACCACCGCCGCAACCCUCCCCUCCUCGGUUGCUUCGUCCAAGGUAUCUCCCCACUCCGCUUCGAGCCUACGCUGGAGGCCCCCAAUCGCGUCCCGCAAGCCCGCUUCUCCUUUCCUAUCAACGCCCGCGACGCCUUCAUGAUCCUCGGAUGCCGCCAUGGCCUCAUGCUCAUCUCCCUUUGGAGGCGGAACCAGCUCCUGGUAUGGGAUCCCGUCACGCGUGACCAGCAUCGCCUAGACAUUCCCACAGGGUUCGACAAGGGGGAAACCGUGAUUAACGGAGCGGUGCUUCGUGCUUCCGGAGAGGCCAACCAUUUCCAGGUUGUCUUGGUAGGCAACAGCGACAUACAGCUUAGACAGGCUGUGGCCUCGGUGUACUCGUCGGAGACCGGUGUAUGGGGUGAUCUCACCUCGACACUUCUUCCGGCCAAGGAUCCUACCAGUGAUGUACCUACCAGGAUUUUGGUCAUCUGCUCUGUGAUGGUUGGGAAUUCCAUUUACUGGUUGCUUACUGGGAAUUGGUUUGGAAUACUUUAAUUUAAUGUGGAUAGGCAGAGCCUAAGUGUGAUAGAUGUGCCAGUGGACGUCGAUGCGGGGAGGUGCUCCUUCACGGUUAUGCAGGCGGAGGGUGGUGGCCUUGGUUUCCUCUUCCUGUCGGGCUACUGCAUCCAAUUAUGGAAGAGGAAGACGGACUGUGAUGGUGUAGCUUCAUGGGUGCUGGGAAGAACUGUUGCACUAGACAAGCUACUUUCCAUGAAUUCAGAGGAGGGGAGCCAAAGCCCAAGGAUACUCUGGUUUGCUGAGGACAAUAAUGCGGUGUUAGUGCGGACAUUUAUCGGCGUCUUCAUGGUCCAGUUUGAAUCAUUGCAGUUUAAGAAACUUUUUGAAUCCUACUGCUGGUUUCACUUUUAUCCAUUUGAAGGUGUCUAUACCGCAGAUGCUCGCAUUGAUGGUGGACAUGGUGGAGCUAAACUUUUGCGCGAUACAUAAUAUGAUCUGUCUGGAUAGAUGCUAUCUUGAGUUCGCGAUGUAACAAGAGUUAGGUUUCGGAUGGCUGAGAUGCAGAAAUGGAUUCUUUGUUUCAGGCUCUUCCAUCCUGUAUGCUGCGCAUGGGGCCUGUAAUGUGCUCCACAAGGGAAUUUUACCCACCAUGUGUCAUGCCCUGGUCAAAUGUGAUGUGAACUUGUAGGAAUUAACAUGUCCUGGUCAACUGUAACUGGAGUUAAUAUUCUGACUUAUGAACUGCCCGUCUGUUAUCUCAUUUCUCUAGGAAAUAUUCGAACUAGCAUGAAGAGAAAUUAAUUUUCUUCGGUUAAUGCAUUAGCGUUGACCUUGUCA